CAGAGAUAUUUUGUUCACCAAUCCACUACACAGACUCCGCAAAACAUUCAAAACAUAAAGACCAAGAUAUCCCUCAUGAGAGCAUUGUGUUACCUCAAAAAUACAAAAAUUCACCAGAAGAUCCAGAUCGGUUGUUGCAAUAUUCAAAGUUACCUUAUCGAUGGAAGAAACUAGGCCUAACGCCUCUUGCAGCCGAACAUGUGACUGAACCGCAAGUCCAUGUUUUCAACGACACGGUCAAUAUUCUUAAAGUUUACAAUAGGUUGGGGCUGGUUAGAAAGAGGCAGCGGAUGGUCAAGAAGUGCAAUUCCAAAAAUCAAUUCUUUUGCUGAUUCCACCAACAAGUAAGAAUUCAAAAUGUGAAUUUGUCCUAUCAGAACGAUUAGUAUACUAUGGGAUGAAGUUUGACGCAGAUUGCAUGCUUAGGCUUAAUAUUAGCAGGAAAUCUACCUGGCGUCGGAGAUCUAAGAUCUAUUUAUUACAAAACUCAUGAUUUGGAUUUCGGUAAAGGUGAAUAGGAGCUAGAUCUACCCAAUGUAAUAGAGAAGAUGGAGUUAGAUAAUUAAGGUACAUCACAAUGAAGUUUCGUGAAAUUACUUUGAAGUUCCAAAGAAAAGACUUGUAACGCAAACUGAUAUUCCUUGACGUGUUUCCCUGUGGUCGAUUCCUGGUCACUAUCACUAUCAUGACUUUGGGAGUUUGGGUCACGUCACGUCAUCGCUGACAUUUGGCCCACGGAACUUACGACCGCAUUGAUAUUUGGCAUUCUGAGUGUACC